CGGAGCUGGUCUUCUCGGGUGCGCGCCCGAGCACGCCCCUGUGACACGAAGAUCGCGCCUCUGUUUCUUUCCUUACGCCUCACUGCCUUUUUCUCCUUCCCCUCUCUCUUUGGUAGGAUGUUCGUCAAAUCCGAGACCUUGGAGUUGAAGGAGGAAGAGGACGUGUUGGUGCUGCUCGGUUCGGCCUCCCCCGCCUUGGCGGCCCUGACCCCGCUGUCAUCCAGCGCCGACGAAGAAGAGGAGGAGGAGCCGGGCGCGUCAGGCGGGGCGCGUCGGCAGCGCGGGGCUGAGGCCGGGCAGGGGGCGCGGGGCGGCGCGGCUGCGGGUGCGGAGGGCUGCCGGCCCGCACGGCUGCUGGGUCUGGUGCACGAUUGCAAACGGCGCCCCUCUCGGGCGCGGGCCAUCUCCCGAGGCGCCAAGACCGCCGAGACCGUGCAGCGCAUCAAGAAGACCCGUAGACUGAAGGCCAACAACCGCGAGCGAAACCGCAUGCACAACCUCAACGCGGCACUGGACGCGCUGCGCGAGGUGCUCCCCACGUUCCCCGAGGACGCCAAGCUCACCAAGAUCGAGACCCUGCGCUUCGCCCAUAACUACAUCUGGGCGCUCACCGAGACCCUGCGCCUGGCGGAUCACUGCGGGGGCGGCGGCGGAGGCCUGCCGGGGGCGCUCUUCUCCGAGGCAGUGUUGCUGAGCCCGGGAGGCGCCAGCGCCACCCUGAGCAGCAGCGGAGACAGCCCCUCGCCCGCCUCCACGUGGAGUUGCACCAACAGCCCCGCGCCGUCCUCCUCCGCGUCCUCCAACUCCACCUCCCCCUACAGCUGCACUUUAUCGCCCGCCAGCCCGGCCGGGUCAGACAUGGACUAUUGGCAGUCCCCACCUCCCGACAAGCACCGCUAUGCACCUCACCUCCCCAUAGCCAGGGAUUGUAUCUAGAGCUGCCGUUUCUGCUACCCACGUCAGGCCUUAGUGGGUUCCCUUUCCUGUCCCCAGUCAAGCCCUCCUCCCUUACCCUGCCCACUCCCUUCUAUGCCCUGGAAACCUUCUCACUUCACAGGGCAGGUGUAGCCGUUCUGAUUCCCCGGUUGUUUCUUGCAUUUCUUGGCUUUGUGUAUCCUUCGUUCAGACGGGCUCUGAUUUAUUGAAGGUGUGAUGGAGCUUAUUGUCAAAGCCAAGGGUGACGUUUUGGGGGGCGCUUCUUGAGACGAAAAAGACGCUGGGAAGAGAUGAUGGUGGCAUAUCUAAACAGUUUGCAGAGCGGACUGACGCUCCUCCCCUUUCUCUGUAACGCCGGAGGACUUGGUGCAGUUCGUGUGAAUCUCACAGGGAGAAUGCAACUGGUUCCUGUGAUCUCUUCACCUUUGCUUCUACAUAGAGAUGUUAAUGUCGAGUAGAAAGAAAUGUAUCUUAGCAUCUGAAUGAUUUUACUGGUAAUAAUAUUAUCCACAGAUUUGCAAUGGCUGGCAUCUGCUUUAUUCCCAUUGCUGUCUGCAGGCUGUGGGAAUUUCACCUGUCAAACCAAACUUUCCCUCUCUGAUGUGCACUUUGUUCUGUUUCCCAGAUUCGUCACAAUGCCUAUUGUCCCGUCCUUCUCUUUCCUUUUUCUUCCCUAUUUUGCCAUCUGUCUCUUAUGAUUUAUAAGGGGGAAAAAACUUGUUUUGUUAGAGGGGCAGGUUAGAAGUCAUUGUAUAAUUUGUAGGCUUUGUAAUGAUUGAAUGCAAGCGUGGAAAUUUAGGCUGAACUCUCUAUCAAAAGGAAAAAUGUGGAGGAAAAGGGAAAAAUCAGGAGGGAGGAUUGCUUCAUGCAUUAUUUAUCUCGACCUUUUAGGGAAGAAGGAACUCCCCCAUUCUUUCAAGAGAUUAAAAAUAAAUCAACAGUCUGAAAACCUAAGCAGACACGGAGCAUUAUCCGGAUCAGCCACACACGUGUUCCCUUCUAUUUAUUAUAAAGAAAUUUUUCAUGGGAAAAUAUGUAUUUUUUUGUAUAUUCUACAGAGUUUAUUCUAGUAUGUAUUUACGUAUUGAAGAACAAGAAAGUUGUUCUUGUGAUUAAACUAUAAAUAAAGUAUCUAAUUUUCAUAA